GUCGAUUGCAAUCUCUGGCUCUGUUGGUUCAUUCCUCGUUCCAGCAGCAUGCGCCCGCUCCUCUCCAGCGCGCUGGGAUUAGCCGCGCUGGCCAUGACCGGCCUCGCGCAGGUAGAGCCCAAUGUGACCGAUACCACGACGCCCGUGACACUGCCGUUGACGCCGACGACGGUGCCAACGGUGACGACGCCAACGCCGUCCCCAUCGUCGCGCGCGCCCGUGACGACGUCGCCGGCGCCCUCCACGACGUCCAUGGCGACUACGCCGCCGCCCAACGGGACGGUGGUCACGCCCAUUGUACCCAUCACGUCGCCACCUGGCAACAACACGAAUGGCUCGUCCGGGUCGUUGACGCCGGCGCCGACGACCAACCUCGUGAGCGUCCAGUGCCCGUUUGUCUUUUCGUCGGCGAUUCUCUCGACACAGAUCGACGUCGUGCAAGAUACGACGCCCAACACGAACAGCAGCAGCAGCAACACGACCAACGUCAUUACACUCUCGCCGCCGACGAGUGUCCCGAGCCCGAGCGCCUCGAGCGAGCCAUCGGCGACGCCGACGACGACGCCUGCCAAGACGACCAAGAGUCCCAGCACAGCGACCGCGCGCCCGACCUCGACGCCGGUCCCGUCGCCCAGCCUUCGUCGGCGACUGACGGCGUCGGGUGCGUUCUCUUGCGAUGCAACGUUUUACGGCAAGUGGAUCUCCAGCGGGCUCAAGUGUGGCGGUAAAGACCUCGAUGUCAACCAAGCCGUCGCCGCGGCGGCCUGUGCCACGUACAAGGGCGAAGUCCCGCUCUCGGGCGUCACAGUUGACGCCUGCCUCUCGACGUGUCUCUUCCCGUCGUGCGUCAACGACAUGUGGGACUACUCGAGUCGCGGCAGCGGUCUCGGCAGCGCCAUUUACAAUGGCGUCGACUUUUCCCAGUGGCUCACGCCCGCGAUGAAAUCGCAGCUGCAGGAGAAGACGCAAGGCGCGGUGACGCUCCAAACGUUCUCGAUGGCCAACGCCAAGACGUGCACGUCGUACAAUACGUGCUCGUGCCCGACGGUGCAGAGUGCCAAGACGCCCAACAAGGACGGCCAGAACCCGAGUGCGAGCAACCCUGCCGCGAGCCUCAUUAGCAACUGGGUGCCGUCGACGCGCAUCGAGCAGGCUGCCGUCGCCGCCGCCAGUGUGUCGCAAACGACCGUGUACGCGUCCAUUGCAGUCUCGGCGACGACGGCGGUCGCUACCUCGGUCGGUGCGGUCGGCUCGUCGGCGGCGACCGCGACGUCCGUCGGUGCCGGCUCGUCCGUCGCCGUCAACAUCAUUAGCGUGGCCCAAUUCUGCGUGAGCACGUCGCAGCUCAACAUCGACAACAUGCCGGCGGUCAUCACGAGCAUGGGCGCCAAGCUCUCGUUCACGACGCUCUCGUUCCUUGUGUGGGACGGCGCCAAGCCGAUUGCAAGCACCACCAACAACAGCAACAGCUCAUCAGCAGCAUUCGGGCGCCGCCUCGACGUCACGGGCGACAACUCGAUGACGGGCAUGGAGCGCUACGCGCUCUCGAUCGGGAUCGCGCCUAACAAGCUCUUGUACGUGACGAUCGUGGGCUUGAUUGCGCUUGUAAGUGCGCUUGGCGUGCUCCUGUGCUUCGCGCUCGUGGGCGGGAAGCUCUUCUCGAAAGACUUUGGCGCGUUCCAGGUCAAGGUCGUCGACCAUGCGAUCGGGGCGCUGGUGACGCUCCUCAUUGUGAGUCAGUACGCAAUCGGCGUCACGGCCACGUUUGAAAUCAACCGCGUGUACCGCGACAGCGAGGCCCUCGGCGUCAGCGUCUUUGUCGCCGUCCUCUCGCUCUUUGUGUUUGCGAUCGGUAUCAUGGUGUACGGCUACUACGUCGUCCGGCAGCAUGAGGACGACAUCCUCGACAUUGGCAGGAAGGACCACUUUGAGAAGAAGGUGCAUCGGCGCUACGGGUGCCUCUACGACGAGUACAACUACGAGAACCGGUUCUUCUUGUCGUCAAGAUGCUGCUCGCUCUCCUCUGCGGGAUGACCACCGGCAUGGCCAACUGGGCAGGGCUCACCCAAGUGAUUGUGCUCAUGACGCUCAACGUCGGCUUUGUGCUCUUUUUGGAAGUGCGCCAGCCGCACUUGGCCAAAUUCGUGCAGCAGACCACGACGCUCAUCACGAUCAUGAAGAUCGCGUCGCUCUCGCUCACGAUCUUCCUCCUCACGACGCUCGUGGGGCUGCCCGAGGCAGCGCGCAACAUUGUGAGCACGGUCAUUCUCUCGCUCCAAGGCCUCGUCGUCGUCUUCCUCCUCGUGCGCCAAGUCUUUAUCUUCUACCGCCAAUACAAGCUCAAGAAGGAGACAACCGACAAUGAGGAUGCCGCGACGGACCGCGCCGGCUCGAUCACCAUGUACUACAACCAGUCGCAGCCGACGCCGCCGGACCAGCUCGACCAGCGCGCGGCGCCGCAGGACAACAAACGACUGCCGCCACUCGGCCAGAACCCACGCCAGCAUUCGUUCGAAGCCGGGAAGGAGUACUACCUGUAGAUAUUUUAUAGAUGCAUGGUACAUUACGAGCCAGAGCCCUCGAGCAGGCAUUUGGUGCUGCUUCAACGUGUUGCUUUCGUCGAUGCCAGACAGACUAGCCAACA